UUCAUCACCUUUACUCUAGCACGGCCUUUCGUGUACAACACGCAAUUCCCGACACACGUACAAAGCCUUACAAAUCUACGAUCGCUGCUCAAUCUAUCACUACCUCGUCACACGCUUGUCAUCACGGCAUCCAUGCGGUAGCAUCUGCUGGCUUACGAUCCUCCUAGCGAAACUGCGUCUCCGUUUACUCGCUAUGGGACGCCUCACACUUCUCUCCUCACGCUGGCGGAGGAAAUCCUCCAGCUUUCAUAGCGUCCUGGCGCUCGCAGCGCUGCUGCUCUUCCUGCCGGGAGGAUGCGCAAAGUCCGCCGCCGACUACUUUGUACACUCCCUCCCAGGUGCGCCGGACGACGAGCCACUCAUCAAGAUGCACGCCGGCCACGUCGAGGUCACACCCGAGCACCACGGAAACCUCUUCUUCUGGCACUUUGAGAACAUGCAUCUUGCCGACCGCCCACGUACCGUGAUCUGGCUGAAUGGCGGGCCCGGUUGCUCGUCUGAGGAUGGGGCGCUGAUGGAGGUCGGGCCGUACAGGGUGCGCAAGGGAGGCAAGCUGGAGAGGAUCGACGGAGCGUGGAAUGAGUUCGCGAACCUGUUGUUUGUGGACAACCCCGUGGGGACGGGCUUCAGUUACGUCGACACGGACUCGUACCUGCACGAGCUGCAGGAAAUGGCGGAUCAGUUCGUGGUUUUUCUGGAGAAGUGGUUCGAGAUGUUUCCACAUUUCCAGCACGAUGAUAUCUACAUUGCGGGCGAAUCCUAUGCCGGACAGCACAUCCCAUACGUGGCGAAGGCAAUCUUGGAACGGAAUAAGAAGAAAAAGAGCGGCGCGGACAUGUGGAACUUGAAAGGAUUGUUGAUUGGCAAUGGCUGGAUAUCAGGACCCGAUCAGUAUCCGUCGUAUCUACAGUACGCCUACGAGCACGGCUUGAUCAAGCCCGGCACCAAGCAAUCCGUGGCUGUGGAACACCAGCAAGCCAUAUGCUUGCAAGACCUCUCCAACGGCGGUAAAGACAAGGUCGACACGCCUUCGUGCGAAAGCAUUCUUCAAAUAAUACUGCAAGAGACAGAGACGGUCGAGAGCGGGACACGUAAAUGUGUUAACAUGUACGAUAUCCGGCUGAAGGACACGGCGCCAAGCUGUGGAAUGUCUUGGCCGCCAGAUCUGGCGGAAGUGACUCCUUACUUGAGACGGAGCGACGUCAUUCAGGCCCUUCACGUCAAUCCCGAUAAGAAGACGGGUUGGGUGGAGUGCAACGGCGCCGUGGGUGGAGCCUUUACUGUGUCCAAAUCGGUACCGUCCAUCAAAUUCUUACCAGACCUCCUUGCGGAACUGCCUAUCAUCUUGUUUUCCGGAGAUCAGGACCUCAUCUGCAAUCACAUGGGCACCGAAGAGCUGAUCAACAAGCUCGAGUUCAACGGCGGCAAAGGAUUCGAGUCGAACGGAGUCACGGCACCACGCCUGGAUUGGGUCUUCGAGGGUGAACCCGCGGGCAUUUACCAGUCGGCACGAAACUUGACGUACAUCAAAUUUUACAACUCUUCACACAUGGUUCCUUUCGACUACCCACGUCGCACACGAGACAUGCUCGACCGUUUCAUGAACGUGGAUAUUGGGACCGUGGGCGGCAAGCCCGUCGAUUCAAUCAUCGGCGGCGAGAAGAGCCCUCAGACGAGCGUGGGUGGCCAUCCCAACAGCACGAUCGCGGAAGAGGACCAAGCGCAAAGGCUCAAGGAGGCUACGUACAAGGCGUACUACAAGUCUGGCGAAGUCGCUUUCGUGGUGGUUCUCGUCGCCGCCAUCGCGUGGGGCUUCUUCGUGUGGAGAGGACGAAGGCGAAGGGCAGGCUACCAGGGCGUCUUCGGGGGCGAUCCAGAAGACAACGACGCGAGAGGCCGGUUGAAUGGACGCGCCUCAACUUUCAAGAGCCCGGCGGGACGGUUUACAGAUCGCCCGGCGGCGAGCAGAGAUUUGGAGGCGGCAGAUUUCGACGAGGCAGAGUUGGAUGACCUUGUGCCCGAGGGGAGUUCGAAGUUGAACGGAAAGCAUGAUCUGGAGGACCGCUACAGCCUUGGAGGCGACAGCGAUGACGACGCCGACAUUGGGAAGGCCGGGGGCAAUGUAAAUCAUAAUUAAAGCGCUGUUUCUUGGUUUUGAUGGUCUGUGUACUAGCAUCAUGAGGCGUACCGUUUUGGUUUGAACGAAACGACUGUCUGUUUCAAGGCUCCGCUCCCUUUGUCGAUUCCCGCUUUUGCUCUCGUGGCUUUGCAUGUGGCAGUUGCACUUUUUUUUUCUAAUUCUAAUUUUUUUUAUUUUCAGGCGCAGAUACGAACGAGACAUAGUUGGCCGUCUGUUUGGCGAAUUCAUCAACAGCCGCGCCAGGUUCUAGCGUGUAUAUAUAUACUCAGUUAAAUCGCCCGUCGAACUUCAAU